AUGGAUAAUGAGCAACAGUCAGUAAGUAGUGAUACCGAGUUGGAAAGUGGGACACAAAGUAAUGUUAGUGAUGUAGUUCAGGAAGUACAAUAUGAAAAUCUGGGGGCAGAAGGGCAAGAAAUGUUGCCAUUGCCACCCAGUGAUUCAGUUGAUAGCGGAAAUACUGUGCCAUCCGCAAGCACUGGACACGGACCAGAGAGUGGUGAGGUGUCAGAAGUGCAAUCAUUAAGAGUUAUGUUCGAGCGCAUGCUCAAUUUCCAAGCUGAAUUUGUACGUGUGCAAGCAGAGCGUGAUAGAGAACGUGAUGCUAAACAAGCAGAACGCGAUAGAGAACGUGAUGCUAAACAAGCAGAACGCGAUAGAGAACGUGAUGCUGACCAAGCAGAGCGUGACCAGAGAUUGGUAGCUGAAUUUGCCAAACAAGCAGAGCGCGAUAGAGAACGUGAUGCUAAACAAGCAGAGCGUGACCAACGCCUGCAUGAGAGGGACUUGCAGUUGAUGCAAACUUUAGAAGUUAUGCAAAGUGAGAUUGUUAGUUUGAAACAAAAAUAUGAAACCAUACCCAAAACGGUGCAAGAAUUAAGCGAAAGAGUAGAUAGUGUUCAAGUGGCUAACGCCAAUAUAGUAGAGGAAAUCAGUGUCCUGACUAAUAGGGUCGAACAACUAGAAAUUGACACAACUCAAGUAAUUGAGAACAAAGCGAUCGAACAAGUGCUCAAAGUAGAAAAUGAAGUCAUAAAAGAAAUAGAUCAGAAAGUGCACGCCGCAAUUGAGGCCAGAGAUGUGGGCUCAAGUGCGGAUGUGCAGGAUCUAAAAAGGAUAGUGCACAAGGACAUUCCGCUGUGGCAGCGGAGUGUGGACCGUCGUCUUGCCGAGAUGGAGCUUAGCUUGCGGCAUGACGAGGCACGGGCGUAUGUCACGCCAGCCAGGUCCAACAAUGAUAGGCAUAUAAAUACUGCAGUAAAAAAUUGCGACUGCGAGACAGAACAGGCAACCAAUCAUGCUCUCGUGAAGCGUUGGUGA